AUGGCGGAGGUUAUACGUCCGGAGAAGUUGGAUAUCUCCAACGACACUUCGUCCUUGGCAUCACCGGAGCUUCUUCAUGUUCUUGCCGUCGACGAUAGCAUAGUUGAUCGGAAAUUCAUCGAGCGGUUGCUCAGGGUUUCGUCUUGUAGAGUUACUCUUGUCGAUAGUGCGACGAGAGCUUUGCAGUAUCUUGGACUAGAUGGAGAGAAUGGUUCAGUUGGAUUUGAGGAUCUGAAGAUAAAUCUGAUAAUGACGGAUUACUCUAUGCCUGGCAUGACUGGAUAUGAACUAUUGAAAAAAAUCAAAGAAUCAUCAGCUUUCAGAGAAAUACCAGUGGUGAUUAUGUCGUCAGAGAACAUCAUCCCUCGUAUCGAUAGAUGUCUUGAAGAAGGUGCUGAAGAUUUCUUAUUGAAGCCUGUGAAAUUGGCUGAUGUGAAGAGAUUAAGAGAUUCUCUAAUGAAAGCUGACGAAAGAGCUUUCAAAAAUAUUAUGCACAAGAGAGAGCUAGAAGCUAAUGACAUCUACUCGCAGCUAAAACGUGCAAAGAUCUGA